CCUGCAUUACCAUCGUCUAGUGGUCUAUAUCUUCAUUACGUGGAACCGGGCCAGCCGGUGCCGCAGCAACCGCACACACGGGGUAAACAUGCUCGAGAACUGCUCGGCCGCAGAUGUAUAUACACAGACCAGCUGCUCUCACCGCGUCCAACUCCGACUCGCCGCGUCCAACUCGGACUCACCGCGUCCAACUCGGACCUACCCAAACUCUUCGUCAUCACCCCUCGGGGCCCAACCGACCAGCGGUGACGGCCUAUGCUCAACCACGGGUUCCUUGGUGUCGUCGUUAAUUAGAUAACAGAGACGGGGCCCUCGGUCGUGGCGACAUAUCCGGGGAAGUACAAGACGGUGACGGGCAGGCCGUUGCUCUUGUUCUUGUAUUUCUUCUGCUUGAGGGUGAUGCCGUAGGUGGUGGCGUAGGGCUGCAGGAAGGCGCGGACCAUCGUGUUACCGGCGGCGUGCAUCUCGGCGGUGCCGGUGUUCUGCUCGGCGUAGACGUAGUGGAUGUCGACGAGCCCGCCGUGCGUCGCGAUGGCCUUGUCCAGAAUCGUGCGGAUCUUGCUAAUCUGCGCCGGCCCCUCCGUCACCGUGUCGCCCAGCUUCGCCCCCUCGAUUACGGUGAACAGGGCCCACUUGGUGGGCAGGUCCCCCUUGAAGGUGAUGCCGAUCACCGAGCACCCGUGCAGCCC